AUGCCUCCUAAGCGCAAAUCUGAACGCGCCGUGAGCGCAAAUGAUACCACCGCAACCCCUUCUAAGAGGGUCAAAAACACCGUAGAUGCAACUCCAGCAUCUGCUGCAUUCGCUGCAUCUGCUCCAGUUUCCGAUGUGAUACCCCAGUCAAGCGAAAAAAGAGGUCGUGGCCGUCCACGCAAAUACCCCAUUGAUUCUACUCCUAAGCCUGUCCCUGACGGCCCUAAGCGUGGCCGUGGUCGCCCACGGAAAAUUGUUUCAGAGCAGGAGCCUGAGGUCGCAACUCCAUCAGUACCGAAGAGAGGCCGCGGACGUCCCCGCAAGGAACCGGAUUCUACAACCCCGGUUACCCCAAAGAUUAAGAAGAAAGAUGGUCGUGGAAGACCUCGCAAGAACCCUUUGCCAAAUGGAGAAGCUGAGACUGCGGAGUCGAAACCUGCGGUCAACAGUAACCCUGACACUGGCCGCUCUUUCUGGUUGAUGAAGGCGGAACCCGAAUCUCGUAUUGAGAAGGGCAAGGAUGUCAAGUUCUCAAUUGACGAUUUGGCUGCUGCAGAUGUACCGGAGCCUUGGGACGGUGUGCGCAAUCACGUUGCCAAAAACCUCAUGCGAGAUAUGAGGAAGGGAGACUAUGCAUUCUUCUACCACUCCAACUGCAAAGUCCCCGGGAUUGUCGGAGUGAUGGAGAUUGUCCGGGAGCACUCCACUGACGAGUCCGCCUUCGAUACCAACCACCCAUACUACGACCCAAAGUCCAAGCGAGAGGAUCCAAAGUGGGUGGUCGUCCAUGUUGAAUAUCGCCGCAAACUCGGAAAACAGGUCACGCUCCAUGAGCUCAAGUCUCACGGCCAACCUGGAAAGCCACUCGAGAAUCUUCAAAUGAUCAAGCAAUCCCGACUUAGCGUUUCAUCUGUGACUCCGGCACAAUGGAAGUAUAUACUAGAGCUAGCAGGCGAGGAACCGCAAGAGGAAUUCACCAGAGAGUCCAGUGGCGAGGAGGAAGAGGCUUGA